CUGAGAAGUGUCCCAUUCUCUCCUUGGUGUCCUCAGUAAAACAUCACCUUGGUCAUGAAGGCAACUGGUGUCUUCCUACUCCUCUCUCUGGCACUCUGCUGCUACCAAGGAAACACUGUAACGGAUGGAGAUGCUGACAAAGGAACAGAGGCAGCUUGUGACAUUUAUGACUUAAGUAAAGGUUGUACGAAGAUCUUUGACCCCAUCUGUGGCACUGACCACCACCUCUAUGGCAACGAAUGUCUGUUGUGCUUUCAUAACCUUCGAAAAAACACUAAUGUGCGCAUAAAGAACAGAGGAAAGUGCCAAAAACCAUGCUCCACUAGAAACUGAAAGGUGAAACCAUUCUGGAGAAGACAGCACAAAGAUGUCCCUCACCUAAACA